AUUCAAGUGGAAAAUUUUCGGGAGUCAGCAGAAACAUUGUGUCCCAAAAAGGCUAAGUCGCAGUUACCACCAAACCCAGGAGGAGAUUCUCCCUGGAAAACUUCCCUUCGAAAAUGGUCCACUUGCUUCCUGGUCCUGGUGUUUCCAUUUGCAGCCCACGAAGCACUUACUGCAUAGCAAGUCCCCAGGGGGAGAGAAUUAGUCUGGAGCAAGAACAAGCCCAUGGCAUUCUCUUCAAGGUUUCUUUUCUUUAAAAGACUCCAAGCUUUGGCUUGGAGACCCCAGCCGUCACCAUUGAGCCCAGCAGCUGGAGCGGCAGUGAAAGUCCUGCCGAAAACAUCGAGAGAAUGAGUGACUCUGCAGAUAAGCCCAUUGACAAUGAUGCCGAGGGAGUCUGGAGCCCAGAUAUUGAACAGAGCUUUCAGGAGGCCCUGGCCAUUUAUCCACCUUGUGGGAGGAGAAAAAUCAUCCUAUCAGAUGAAGGCAAAAUGUAUGGUAGGAAUGAAUUAAUAGCAAGAUACAUCAAACUCAGAACAGGGAAGACGCGGACCAGGAAACAGGUGUCUAGUCACAUUCAGGGUUCUUGCCAGAAGGAAUCUCGUGAUUUUCAUUCCAAGCUGAAGGUAACAAGCAUGGAUCAGACAGCGAAGGACAAAGCACUGCAGCACAUGGCAGCCAUGUCAUCGGCCCAGAUAGUCUCGGCAACGGCCAUUCACAACAAGCUGGGACUGCCGGGAAUCCCACGCCCCACAUUUCCUGGCGCACCAGGGUUCUGGCCAGGAAUGAUACAAACGGGUCAGCCGGGAUCUUCUCAAGAUGUCAAGCCCUUCGUGCAGCAGGCCUAUCCUAUCCAGCCCACCGUCACUGCCCCCAUUCCAGGGUUUGAGCCUACGUCCGCACCAGCACCCUCAGUUCCUGCAUGGCAGGGCCGUUCUGUUGGAACAACCAAACUUCGACUGGUGGAGUUCUCAGCUUUUCUUGAACAGCAGCGAGACCCAGACUCGUACAACAAACAUCUCUUCGUGCACAUCGGCCACGCCAACCAUUCUUACAGUGACCCGUUGCUUGAAUCAGUGGACAUUCGUCAGAUUUAUGACAAAUUUCCUGAAAAGAAAGGUGGUUUAAAGGAAUUGUUUGGAAAGGGGCCUCAGAAUGCCUUCUUCCUUGUCAAGUUCUGGGCGGAUUUAAACUGCAACAUUCAAGAUGACGCAGGGGCUUUCUAUGGGGUAACCAGUCAGUACGAGAGUUCAGAGAACAUGACCAUCACCUGUUCUACCAAAGUCUGUUCAUUUGGGAAGCAAGUAGUGGAGAAGGUAGAGACGGAAUACGCGAGGUUUGAGAAUGGCCGAUUUGUGUAUAGAAUAAACCGCUCUCCGAUGUGUGAAUAUAUGAUCAACUUCAUCCACAAGCUCAAGCAUUUACCAGAGAAGUAUAUGAUGAACAGUGUGUUGGAAAACUUUACAAUUUUGUUGGUGGUAACAAACAGGGAUACACAAGAAACCCUGCUCUGCAUGGCCUGCGUAUUUGAAGUUUCAAAUAGUGAACACGGAGCACAGCAUCAUAUUUACAGGCUUGUAAAGGACUGAGCACGGUUAUUUAUAUAUACAUAUACACACAUACACACACACGUCAUCAUGAAACUACAGACUAUAAACCUCCGUACUAAGGGGCCGGGCCCCCGGCCCCAGGCGGCCCCCACGGUUUUCUAAAUCCUGUCAGAGUCAUUUUUUUCAUGUGUUCAUAUAUCAUUGUAGCUGUGAAAUUCUGGUACAGUUGUAAAAAACAAAAAUUCUUUCUAAAAUGAUGUGUUCUUCAGAUUUGUAACCCACAGUUCUUUGGGAAAGAUGACACUUACAAAGCUGAGGUCUCUGUCUGGGGAGGCCUGUUUUUAAUUGUGGUAGAAAAUGUAAGACAGAAGCAUUUGCCAUGGGAAAUUUACAGCAUUUAUACAAAUGUAUUUAGUUUUUUUCUCCAGCAUAAAGUACUUGUUUUAAGAUGCAAGUAAAAUUAAAGUGAAACUUUAAGUGUAAAUGUAAAUGAGUACACAAAGUGAAAAAACUUUAGAAUUAUCUUUGUAACUAAUUAGGGUGAAACGAAUGUAAUUCACUAAAUUAUUUUUUAAACAAAACCUUUUUUUUUUUCCUUUUUGAAACCAAAUGUUACAACGUAGCCUUAAGAAAUGCUUGGUAGGAAGACCCUAAUGAGGCAAAAUUGUAUUUUUUUUCCUCACCAUUUAAAACUAAUUCUCUAAUCCAUUAAACAUCUGAACAGGUAUUGCAAAGAAAGGAAAUGUCAUCCCUUAUACAUAACAUAUAGAGUGUAUUUAAAAAUAUAAAAUUGUAUUGUACUAAUAUGAAGAUUUGAUUAUUUAAUGAAAAAGAUGGCUUGUUUUGCAAUAAGUAGGUAAAUACUGAAAUUUUAAACUUACAUUGUAGUCAUGUGUGCAGUUAUAUUUUAUAUGGACAACUAAAUUUUCUAUUAAUUUGAGUCGAAGAAUUUGAAACACUGAAAUUAUUAGUAACAAAAUGAGUUUUUAAAAAAUUGGCAUGAAUACUGCACUGUUAGCUGCAAAGUAGAGAGAGGGUUGUGGUGGGAAGAAGAUUUCAUAGACCAAACUCCAAAAGGCUCAUCUGCUUUAGUAUUGCUGCCACCCAGAACAUCACAGGCCCAACUGGGCUCUUCUAACCGACCCACAUUCACUUGAAAAUCUAAGGUGGUCCCUGUGUGGACACAAACAAGAUGCAUUUUCUGAUCAUCUCUUGAAGCCCUUUGAUUCUGUGUACUGACUCACCCCCUUAAGGUUUGGAUGUGCUGCUUGUGACUAACCCUGGUGCAUAUGCCCUUGCUCAUUCUUUUGAAACAAGCUCAUCUGGAGGCUCUUUUCUUGUAGAAGACUUUCCCUCCUUCAAAUACUCAAAUACAUUCAGCAGCAAUUAGAGUUAGUAGGGAAAGUGAUAACCUCACUUGGGUUCUUUCUACUCUGGUUAUUAAAAAAUCCAUAUUACAGAGCAUGGGGCUCCCUUCCUUCCUUCCUUCUUUCUGUAAAGUUGCUAUCUAGCUAUACUGUCUAAAAUAUCUAAUGAGUGGUUGCCAAUAAAUUAUAAGCUUUAGCAAGAGUUUAGACUUUUAAACAUUUAUUAAGGAGAAUAAGAAUUUGGUAAAGAGAGAGAGAAAGGCCUAGAUGCUUACAUCUAUCUAUCCCAGGGAACCUGCAUUUUAGCUCCACUCUCCAUGAGAGUCCUGACGAAAGAGCAAGAACCACCCCUUCUUCAUCCCACAAGCCUCCUGUGGAACUGGGAACAUCCCAUCCACACGAACACACAGA